UGUGCGCUCAGCUCGCUCCCCUCGCUCCGCCGCCGCCGUCUCACACACUCGGGGAGCAGGAGCGCGGCGCGGACUCGGAGCAGCCCGGGGCUGGUGGCCGGGAGCCGGUGGCCGGUGGCCGGUGGUGGCCGGAGCCGGAGGGUCCCCCCAGCCCCUCUCCACCCGCGCCCGUGCCCACUCCGGACCCGGGGUAUGGAGCGCGGGGCGCGGAGCCGGCGCUGCCCCGCGGCCGCCUCAAUGGGACCACCUCCGCUGCUGCUGCUGCUGCCGCUGGCCCCGCUGCUCCUGCCUGUCCCGGGCGCCUCGGCCACCAGGAUCCUGUACAAAGUGCAGGAAGAGCAGCCCCCCAACACGCUGAUCGGCAGCCUGGCGGCCGACUACGGCUACCCGGACAAGGGCCACCUGUACAAGCUGGAGGUGGGCGCGCCCUACCUGCGGGUGGACGGCAAGACGGGCGACAUCUUCACCACCGAGACGUCCAUCGACCGCGAGGGCCUGCGCGAGUGCCAGCAGCAGCCGCCCGGCGAACCCUGCAUCCUGGAGUUCGAGGUGUCCAUCACGGACCUGGCGACGAACGGCAGCCCGCGCCUGCUCGAGGGCCAGAUCGAGGUGCUGGACAUCAACGACAACACGCCCAACUUCGCCUCGCCCGUCAUCACGCUGACCAUCCCCGAGAACACCAACGUGGGCUCGCUCUUCCCCAUCCCGCUGGCCAACGACCGCGACACCGGCCCCAACGGCGUGGCCUCCUACGAGCUGCUGGCCGGCCCGGAGGCCCAGGAGCUGUUUGGCCUGCAGGUGGCCGAGGAUAUGGAGGAGAAGCAGCCUCAGCUCAUCGUCAUGGGCAGCUUGGACCGGGAGCGCUGGGACUCGUACGACCUGACCAUCAGAGUGCAGGACGGUGGCAACCCCGCCCGGGCCAGCAGCGCCCUGCUGCGGGUCACCGUGCUGGAUGCCAACGACAACGCCCCCAAGUUCGAGCGGCCGUCCUACGAGGCCGAGCUGUCCGAGAACAGCCCCGUGGGCCACUCGGUGCUGCAGGUGAAGGCCAAUGACUCGGACCAGGGAGCCAACGCGGAGAUCGACUACACCUUCCACCAGGCCCCAGAGGUCGUGCGGCGGCUGCUGCGACUGGACCGGUCCAGCGGGCUGAUCACCGUCCAGAGCCCCGUGGACCGGGAGGACGUAAGCACCCUGCGCUUUUCCGUGCUGGCCAAGGACAAGGGCACCAACCCCAAGAGCGCCCGGGCGCAGGUGGUGGUCACGGUCAAGGACACCAACGACAACGCUCCCACCAUCGAGAUCCGGGGCAUCGGCCUGGUGACCCACCAGGAUGGGACGGCCAACAUCUCGGAGGACGUGUCCGAGGAGACGGCCGUAGCCCUGGUGCAGGUGUCGGACCGGGACGAGGGCGAGAACGCGGCCGUGACCUGCGUGGUGGCCGGCGACGUGCCCUUCCAACUGCGCCAGGCCAGCGACACGGGCAGCGACAGUAAGAAGAAGUACUUCCUGCAGACCACCACGCCGUUGGACUACGAGACGGCCCAGGAGUACACGGUGGAGAUCGUGGCCCUGGACUCGGGGAACCCGCCGCUCUCCAGCACCAACUCACUCAAGGUGCAGGUGGUGGACGUGAAUGACAACGCGCCCGUGUUCGCUCAGGCGUUGACCGAGGUGGCCAUCCCCGAGAACAACGUGCCGGGCGAGCUGGUGGCCCAGGUGGCCGCCACCGACGCCGACGCGGGCUCCAACGCCGAGGUGGUCUACUCCCUGGAGCCCGAGCCGGCCGCCCGGGACCUCUUCUCCAUCACCCCGGACAGCGGCCAGAUCCGGGUCCUGGCCUCCCUGGACCGGGAGCAGCGCGAGGCCUACGAGCUGAAGGUCCUGGCGGCCGACCGGGGCAGCCCCAGCCUGCAGGGCACGGCCACCGUGGCCGUCAAGGUCCUGGACCGAAACGACAACGACCCCAAGUUCAUGCUGAACGGCUACAACUUCUCGGUGAUGGAGAACAUGCCGGCCCUGAGCCCGGUUGGGAUGGUGACGGUCCUGGACGCGGACGAGGGUGCCAAUGCCCACGUGCGGCUCUCGGUGGAGCCUGACAGCGGUGACUUCAUCGUCCAGAAUGGCACUGGGACCAUCCUGUCCAGUCUGAGCUUCGACCGGGAGCAGCAGAGCACCUACACCUUCCGUCUCAAGGCGGUAGACGGCGGCGACCCGCCGCGCUCGGCCUACGUCGGGGUGACCAUCAACGUGCUGGACGAGAACGACAACGCGCCCUUCGUCACGGCCCCGUCCAACGCCUCCCACCGCCUGCUGGCGCCGCAGACCCGGCCCGGCCAGACGGUCGGCCAGGUGGCCGCCGAGGACAUCGACGCCGGCUCCAACGCCGAGCUGGCCUUCAGCAUCGCCGGCGGGAACCCGUACGGGCUCUUCCGGAUCGGCGCCCAAAGUGGCGCCAUCACCCUGGAGAAAGAGCUUGGCCGCCGCCACCACGGGCUCCACCGCCUGGUGGUCCGGGUCAGCGACCAGGGCAAGCCGGCCCGCCACGGGACGGCCCUGGUCCACCUGUACGUGAACGAGACCCUGAGCAACCGCACGCAGCUGGAGACCCUGCUGGGCCACAGCCUGGACACGCCGCUGGACAUCGACAUCGCCGGGGACCCCGAGUACGAACGGGCCAAGCACCGGGGCAACAUCCUGUUCGGCGUGGUGGCCGGCGUGGUGGCCGUGGCCCUGCUCAUCGCCUUGGCCGUCCUGGCCCGCUACUGCCGCCAGCGUGGGGCCAAGAGCGGCUACCAGGCGGGCAAGAAGGAGACCAAGGACCUGUACGCGCCCAAGCCCGGGGCCAAGGGGGCCAAGGGGGCCAAGGCAGCUAAGGCCAAGAAGGGCAAGGGCGCCAAGCCGGCCAAGCCGGCGGAGGACGAGGACGACGCCGGCCUGCAGAAGUCCCUCAAGUUCAACCUGAUGAGCGACGCCCCCGGGGACAGCCCCCGCAUCCACCUGCCCCUCAACUACCCGCCGGGCAGCCCGGACCUGGGCCGCCACUACCGCUCCAACUCGCCCCUGCCGUCCAUCCAGCUGCAGCCUCAGUCGCCCUCGGCCUCCAAGAAGCACCAGGUGGUGCAGGACCUGCCCGCGACCAACACCUUCGUGGGCACGGGGGACUCGGCCUCCACCGGCUCUGAGCCCUACUCCGACUACGGCUACCGCGCCAACCCCCCCAAAUACCCCAGCAAGCAGUUACCUCAGCGCCGGGUGACUUUCUCGGCGACCAGCCAGGCCCAGGACCUGCAGGACCCAUCCCAGCACAGCUACUACGACAGCGGCCUGGAGGAGUCCGAGACCCCGUCCAGCAAGUCAUCCUCGGGGCCCCGCCUCGGGCCCCUGGCCCUGCCCGAGGACCACUACGAGCGCACCACCCCCGACGGCAGCAUCGGCGAGAUGGAGCACCCCGAGAACGACCUGCGGCCCCUGCCGGACGUGGCCAUGACGGGGACCUGCACCCAGGAGUGUAGCGAGUUCGGCCACUCGGACGCCUGCUGGAUGCCCGGGCAGUCCUCGCCCAGCCGUCGGCCCAAGAGUGGUGUCCUGAAACUCUCCACCUUCGUGCCUUACCAGGACCGAGGCGGGCAGGAGCCCGCGGGCACCGGCAGCCCCAGCCUCGUGGAAGAGCGGAACACCAAAAUGGCCAACGCCCGUCUCCUGCCCACAUACAGUGCCUUCUCGACCAAUAGCCAUGAGCCCUGCAAGGACUCGCCCCUGGAGGAGAUCCCCAUGUCCCAGACCUCAGACUUCCCCCCCCCAAGCACACCGUCAGCGCAGAGUGCCAAGAGGGAAAUCUACCUGUGAAGGCCCCCCGGCACCCUCCCUCCCCCCUUUCCCCCCAUCCCGCCCGCACCCCUCUGGGGAGGGGAAU